CUUCCGGCACGUGAAUGAUGUCAUCGUCAAUCUCAGGCAGGUGCUUUGUUUACAUUUUGCACGCUGUAGCUGUCAAAAUAAAAUAUGCGUCAGAAACAGGUUUGCCCUGUUAAGUCAUCUGCUACAUACCGCCUGUAUUCUCCAACAGCACUGACAAAUGCUUACCAAGCUGUCAUGGACAAGGGCAUGCCGGUGAAGACUGCAGCAAGGCAGUAUGCUGUGCCACAUAACACCUUGAGAGACAGAGUUAAGGGCAGAGUUGAUCCAGAGACAUUAAAGUCCGGACCCCCACCAUUGUUCAGUGUGGAAGAAGAAGCUGAGUUUGUGAAACAUUUAACUGAUAUGGCUAAACUAGGGUAUGGAUAUACAGUCCAAGAAAUAGUUGACAAGGCUUCAAACUAUGCAGUUCAUUUAAAACAUAGAAGCAGAGAUAAACCAUUAACAAUUAGGUGGUUUGCUGGAUUCAAAGACAGGUGGAACCUGAAAGUAUUGAAACCACGUUCUCUGAGUAACUGCCGUGCUUUGUCUCUGAAUGAAGAAGUUGUUGCAGAGUAUUUCCAAAAUCUGGAGACUGUCAUGAAAUGCAAUGAUCUGAUGGACAAACCAGAGUGUAUAUAUAACUUUGAUGAGAAAGGAGUACAAACUGAGCAUGCUCCGCCAUACAUUGUAACAGCUAUGUCCAGAACAGAAGCAAUCAACUCAACAAGGUCUUCUAUAACUACAAUACUUGGCUGUGGGAAUGCUCUUGGCACACAAAUCCCACCAUUCUUUGUAUUUAAAGGGCAAAGAAUGAGGAAAGAACUCCUUGAGGGAUCAACACCGGGCUCUAGUGGCACAGUUACUGAUUCCGGUUGGUCAAACUCUGAUGUGUUCCUUGAAUAUCUGCAGGAACAUUUCAUCAAAUAUGUACAACGUGGAAACAAGGAACAGCCAUUGCUACUUAUUUUUGAUGGACACAGAUCACACAUCAACAUGCCAGUUAUUGAAUGGGCACAACACAACAACAUUUUGCUCUUUGUGUUACCAGCACACACAAGUCAUGCACUGCAGCCACUUGAUGUUGGCUGUUUUGGCCCGUUGCAAAAGAUUUAUAACUAUGAGUGCCAUAAAUUUCUCAGAGAAUGCCCAGAGACAAAAAUAACUCGGUAUAAUGUUGCAGCGCUUGGGUCUUCAUCUUAUGUCAAGGGCUUGUCUAAUUCAAACUUGAGGUCAGCAUUUGAGAAGACGGGCAUAUACCCUUUCAACCCAAGUGCAAUCAGCGAUGACCAGUUUGCACCAUCAAAGCCUUACUCAGAUGAAUUGAAACUCACUGAAACCCAAGAGAGUACUGCAAAUUGCCAACAUGGAAAUGAAAACACAUGUAGGGAAUUCUUCAGAGCAGCAGAAGAGUUUGUGGAGAAAAAAAAGGUGACAUAUAACAGUAAAAAACACAAUAAAGGUAUAAGUGGUGUUGUAGCUGGAAAGGAAAUAACAAAUCAUAACAUUGUAAAUGAAAUAGCUGAAAUUCAAAAGUCAAAGCCUAACAAGCAAAAGCAGAAAAUGUCAAAGAGUCUGAGUGCAUCUAGUUCAGAACCAAAGAAAAGGAUGACAAGUAAAGUACCCUCUGUGUCUGAACAUGUUGAAAGAAAGAAAAGAAAACUUGACUCUGCAGCUUCAUCACAAAAACCAGGUCCAUCUGGAUGCCAGAUUAUUCCAGUUAGUGACAGUGAGUCUGACCUUUCAGCUGAAGAGGAGAUGUCUGCAGAUGACUUGUGCUGUGUAUGCAAGCAAUUCCAGCCAAAGGAAAUGAAAAACUGUGUAUCUCUUGUAUUUGUCAAGUGGGCUAAAUGUGAUGUUGAAGACUGUCCACACUGGACCCACUUGAAAUUCUGCUGUAACACUUCAGUUAUCAGAUUGAAUGACACCUUUUACUGCCCUUGUCAUAACAAGCCUAACACUGAAGAAUAAACUCAAAACUGUUUCAAAAGUCAUAAUGCUUACAGUCAAGGAACAUUUCACUGACAAUAUUGAAUACCUAUGUUGAACCUAACUGUAGUUUAUGUUUUGUUAUAAGCAAUUUCAUUGGUGGUUCGAAAACAGGUACUUGUUUAUGACGCCAUAUUGGUUUCACAUGGGUUUGGAGAAUGCAAUUUAUUCUGCAUGCUGUUAUGCAGACAUUUUUUCUUGAGCAGGAAUAAAUGUGAGAAUGAGUACUUUACAUGUUUGUUAAACCUUAUUAUGUUGACAAAAUAUUUAAAUGCAGAUAAACCUGGCAUAUUUCUUAGAGGUCCGAAAACAGG